AUGGGACUGAGCUACCUGGGAACAGGGUUCCUAGGCUCCUGGCCCGUGGCUGAGGAUGAAGGGGCCAUGGGAAAUGGUCCUCAAUACGUUUCCCCUCCCCCUUCACACCGUUUACUGAGACUCUUUGGGAGAUUGACAUCUAACCUAGUUUCCUCCACCUUCUCUGCUGCUGUUGCAGAAUGUGAACGGCUUCCCACACCCCACCAGUCGCCCCAGAAUCUUAAGCGGCCCAGUUUAGAAACAGAGCAGUUCAAGGCUUCCAAGCUGAUCACCAUUGGGAUCAUCCCUGUGUCUAGCCUAAGCUCAAUUGUGGAUCCGCUGGCCCGGGGCCGGGCAUUCCGACACCCAGAUGAAGUGGACAGGCACCACCCCCCACUGCCACCCCUGACCCCCGGUGUGUUAUCUCUCAGCUCCUUCACCAGCGUCCGAUCGGGCUACUCCCACCUCCCCCGUCGAAAGAGAAUGUCUGUGGCCCAGAUGAGCUUUCAUGCUGCAGCUGCUAUCCUCAAGGGCCGAUCUGUGCUGGAGCCCACAGGCCAGAAGCGCCGGGUGAUCAAACGCAGUUUUGCCUACCCCAGUUUCCACGACGAGGAUGUGGUGGAUGGAGCAGACACAUUUGACUCCUCAUUUUUUAGUAAGAUCGACAUGCAGGAGAUGUAUUCGAUGCCCGAUGAUGUCUUUGAGUCACCCCCACUCUCUGCCAGCUACUUUCGAGGGAUCCCACACUCUGCUUCCCCCCAGUCCCCGGAGGGGCUACACAUUCCCCUGAAAGAAUAUACCCAGGCCCCGACUCCAGUCACCAAGCGAGGCCAACGCAUUGCCUCCAAAGUUAAACACUUUGCCUUUGAUCGGAAAAAGCGACACUAUGGGCUGGGGGUAGUAGGCAGCUGGCUGAACCGUAGCUAUCGCCGAAGCAUCAGUAGCACUGUGCAACACCAGCUGGAGAAUUUCAGCAGCCACCGGCCAUACUUUACUUACUGGCUAACCGUUGUGCACAUCCUGAUCACACUUCUGGUGAUUGGCACCUAUGGCAUUGCCCCUAUUGGAUUUGCUCAGCAUGUCACCUCCCAGCUGGUGCUAAGGAAUAAAGGCGUGUAUGAGAGUGUAAAGUACAUCCAGCAAGAGAACUUCUGGAUUGGUCCAAGCUCGAUUGACUUAAUCCACCUGGGAGCCAAGUUCUCCCCAUGCAUCCGGAAGGAUCAGCAGGUCGAGCGGUUGAUCCAGCGUGAAAGAGACCAGGAACGUGACUCAGGCUGUUGUGUCCAGAAUGACAACUCGGGCUGCAUCCAGACUCAGCGGGCAGACUGCUCAGAGACUUUGGCUACUUUCACCAAAUGGCCAGAUGACACUGCUCCCAACGUGGACAACUCUAAACCAAACUCAAUUAGGACAUCAGGGGCUGUUUGCCACCAGGACCCCAGGACCUGUGAGGAGCCAGCCUCCAGUGGUGCCCACGUUUGGCCAGAUGAUAUCACCAAGUGGCCAAUCUGCACAGACCAGGCCAAGAAUAACCUCACUGGCUAUCUUCACAUGGACUGCCAGAUCAAGGGUCGCCCAUGUUGCAUUGGCACCAAGGGCAGCUGUGAGAUCACAACCCGGGAAUACUGUGAGUUCAUGCAUGGCUAUUUCCAUGAAGAAGCAACACUCUGUUCCCAGGUACACUGCUUGGACAAAGUGUGUGGGCUUCUGCCAUUCCUGAACCCUGAGGUCCCCGAUCAGUUCUACAGGCUUUGGUUAUCCCUGUUCCUCCAUGCUGGGUUGGGGCACUGCCUCGUGUCCGUGCUUUUCCAAAUGACCAUCUUGCGGGAUCUGGAAAAAUUGGCAGGCUGGCACCGAAUUGCCAUCAUCUUUAUCCUCAGUGGCAUCACAGGCAACCUAGCCAGCGCCAUCUUCCUUCCGUAUAGAGCAGAGGUGGGCCCUGCGGGCUCCCAGUUUGGCCUCCUCGCCUGCCUCUUUGUCGAGCUCAUCCAGAGUUGGCAGCUCUUGGAAAACCCCUGGAAGGCAUUCCUGAACCUGUCGGGCAUUGUGUUCUUCCUCUUCAUCUGCGGGCUUCUGCCUUGGAUCGACAACAUCGCCCACAUCUUCGGUUUCCUCAGUGGCCUCCUGCUCUCCUUUGCCUUCCUGCCCUACAUCACCUUUGGCACAGGAGACAAGUACCGCAAGCGAGCCAUGAUCCUGGUGUCCCUGGUCAUCUUUGCAGGUCUCUUUGCCUCCCUCGUCAUCUGGCUGUAUGUCUAUCCCAUCAACUGGCCCUGGAUCGAAUACCUCACCUGCUUCCCCUUCACCAGCCGAUUCUGUGAGAAAUAUGAGCUGGACCAGGUGCUACACUGAUGCCCCUCUGCAGUCCUGGGCUUCCAGGCCUGCGAAAGGAUGGGAAGCCGUGAGAUGCCCAUUUGGGUAUCUGGUGCCACCAAAGUUUGGGGCCUUGGAGGAAGAGAGAGAGUUCAUGGUUUCUUCCAGGGGAGCAAAAUGCCACUCUCCUCUCCCUCUGCUUGGAGGCUACGUGAACGUGGCCAUUAAAUCCUGGAGACAGAGGGCACUCACCAGCAACUCCUAGGAGUGGGUUGGGGCAGUAUCCACUCGAUGUGGGCAAGACAGGCUCCUCGGGAUCCCAGUGGCAUUUUGGGAAGUAGAGGCCUCCGUCUUAUACUCUUCAAAUUCUUGAUUUGAGGCCUCUUCAGGGAGACCCUCGCCUACUUCUGGGGAGCUUUGGUCCUCUUGCCUUCCCUGCACCACCAGCAGGAGGCCAGGAAAUCUUUCUACCCAACUCAUACCCAGGAAGCUCCUCUUUAAAAGACCACCCAAGAUGGUCUUAGAUGGCUUUCUUUUCCUCUGGGGCCUCUGGUUGUGCUUAACCAUAGUCUGUCCUGGUGCCUUUUCUUUCCUCAUGACUUUGAAUCCAUUCCUAGACCGAGGAGGUCUUUUCUGUGGAAGGGCUCUCCUGCCAAAGCUGCCUUAGACCACAGAACUCUCCGAAGGGCCAGACUCCCUUUCUGAACCUCCCCAUCCCCAGACUCCCAUAGAAUGAAUGGGAGAUGGUGUUUUACUAUCUUUCCUGCCUUAAUGCCUCACCCCAAGGGGUUCUAAUGAGUUGUCUUGGGGUUGUAAGCCUUUCUUAGUAUACUUAGUAUACUAGGAAAGAUGGUGGAUGCCUAUUACAAAGUGGGAGGAACAGGGACAGGAGGAGAAAUAAAGAAGGGAAAAAUACUACUUAGCUGGGAAUGGGCUGGACCUAGGAGGUGGAAGCCUCCUCUCAUUCUGUCCUUCACCUCUUUCAAGUGACUCAGAUUCUUCAGCAACACUCCCCAGCCCCAAUAGCUUUCCACUUCACAUCAUACCCCAAAGAGGGUAUGGUGACAAGGAUGGAAUCUAACUAGCUUUGGGGAGCUGCUUCAAAUUUGGAGAGUUCCUUUUUUUUUUAACUGGUUCAUGUUGGAAUUAUUAUUUUUAAAACUUAAACCAGUUUAGUGAUAACUAUUAUGGACAGUAUCACUAUUUAAUUAAAUAUUCUUUAUAGAAAA